GAGUCACUUGACCAGGGUUGGGGCGCUGCAAUGGCGGCGCCCAUGCUGCGCUGGGGCUUCCCUAGAAAACGUUGGGCUCUAACGUGGGUUGAUGGCGACUCUCGCCAUCGAAGAGGGACUCCGACUGGGCUCACGUCCAAAUGGAUGAGGAGACAGAGUUCAGUGACUCAGCAGCCCCUGCACACGGCUCAGAAGCCGAGCGAAGGUGAACACAAAUGGAAAGCUGUGGUAGGACUGGAAAUUCAUGCCCAAAUUUCCUCUAAUUCUAAACUCUUCUCGGGAUCUCAAGUACGCUUUGCCGCACCUCCAAAUUCUUUGGUUUCUUUUUUUGAUGCAUCUCUGCCUGGAACAUUGCCGGUUCUCAACAGGCGGUGUGUAGAAGCUGCAGUGAUGACAGGCCUGGCACUGAACUGUUACAUAAACAAGAAGUCCUUGUUUGACAGGAAGCACUACUUCUAUGCAGACCUCCCUGCAGGUUACCAGAUUACCCAGCAGAGGCUCCCCAUUGCUGCCAAUGGGAGCUUGACAUUUGGUGUCUGUGUGAAGAAGUGGAGUUCGAUGACCACCAAGACGGUGAGGAUCAAGCAGAUCCAGUUGGAACAAGACAGUGGCAAAAGUCUCCAUGACGACUUGAGGUCCCAGACGCUUGUUGACUUAAACAGGGCUGGAGUUGGCCUUCUGGAAGUAGUCCUGGAGCCCGAUCUGAGCUGUGGAGAAGAGGCAGCCAUGGCCAUCAGGGAGCUGCAGCUGAUCCUUCAAGCCCUGGGGACCAGCCAAGCGAACAUGUCAGAGGGCCAGCUGCGAGUGGAUGCCAAUAUAUCUGUGCAUCACCCUGGGGAGCCUCUGGGCAUCCGGACUGAAGUGAAGAAUCUCAACAGCAUCAGGUUCCUGGCCAAAGCCAUAGACUAUGAAAUUCAGAGGCAAAUCAGUGAACUUGAGAAUGGAGGUAAAAUUGUAAAUGAAACUCGUUCAUUCGAUUACAAGCUGGGGUGCACUGUGCCAAUGAGAGACAAAGAAGGAAAACAAGACUACAGGUUUAUGCCAGAGCCCAACUUGCCUCCCCUGGUACUCUACGACACCUCAUCUCUACCAGCAGGUGUAGAUUCUCAGCAAGUGAUCAAUAUUGACCAGAUUCGGGACACACUUCCUGAACUCCCCAGUGUGACCCGAGAGCGGCUUGUCCAACAGUAUGGGAUGCUGCCAGAGCACAGCUUCAUGUUGCUGAAUGAAGUUGGCCUACUGGAGUUCUUCCAAAAUGUGAUAAAAGAAACUAGGGCAGAGCCAAAAAAGGUGACGAGCUGGGUUCUCAACAUUUUUCUGGGCUAUUUAAAGCACCAGAACCUUGCUGUCAGUGAGAGUCCUGUCACACCUUCUACGCUUGCUGAGCUCUUGGACCUGCUGCACAGUAAAACAAUUUCUUCAGCAGCAGCUAAGCAGGUGUUUGAGCAGCUGUGGAAGGGGGAGGGGAAAACCGCAGCACAGAUUGUUUCUGAACAGCGGCUGGAACUGAUGCAGGAUCAAGAGGCCCUGGAACGGCUCUGCCAGUCCACCAUGGAGGGACAUCCCCAAGUGGUAAUGGACCUGAAGAAGGGAAACACCAGAGCUAUCAAUAAGCUGAUCGGCUUGGUCCGGAAAGCAAGCUUAAACCGAGCAGAUCCAACAGUGAUAAAGGAAAUACUGGAGAAGAAGCUGUCAUUGUGAGCUGUUUAGGGUCCCUUGGCUGCCCAAAGGAGGACAGUGCAGCCAUGACUGAGAAUAGGAGCCCACAGGAGCAAACAUCGUGUGUGGCACUGGGUGGUAUCUCAUCUCUAGCCAUGCCACGCUUUCUGUCAGGUGAUGGUUCAUGCCUGUGCUCAUCGUCUGAGACCCUGUGCCUUGGGAGGCAGCCUUCACAGAAGACCACAGCCAUACCACCUGCUUCUUAGACAUCAGAAUGGCUCCACAGUGGCUGCAGCAGUGGUUAGGAAACAGCAGGUUCUACUGUAGAGUAAUUCUAAAUGGAAUAAAUUACGCAUUUCAAGUCCUGUGACCAUUGUAAGAAAACUUAAUGAUGUGCAGUUCCUUCAAAACUAUCUGUGAGCACUCCCUGAAGGCUGGGCCUUGUUCCAGGUGCUCCAAGUUAACAGUGAUCAAGGGAGACUGGAGUUUGGAUGUAGUAUAUUUAGACCUCAAGUAGGUUAAUGAAGAUGAAAAUGCAAGUGAAUAAACUGGUACAGUACAGACACAUUAGUUCGGGGAGGUUUGGAAAGGGUGGGUGUUAGUGUCAGUGUUAGUAUUAGAAGCAAGCACAGAUCCCACCGGCUCCUGACGACACAGGUUUGGCAAUCAGUGAACUCAAAACACAACAGAAGUGUUCAAAUAAAUUUAAUGAAUAAAAUACAUACUGAAAUAUCACAUAAAAAUGAACUUACACUUCAAAGAUUGUGUUGUUAAUCCCCUACAAACCCCCCCAGGCCAAAAAGAUCCAGAAAAAGAUGGUAACAUUAAAUUGAUUUGUUUUGCCUGAGAAGAGUAAGACUAUAAACUAGCAUAUCAAAAUCUUGACCUUUAACUGUAACUGAGGUGCAUGGGUUCCCAUGACAGUGACACUAUUUCUGUCUGUUUUGCACAUGCCUGGUACCUCAGACUCACAGCACUCCCUCUAAAGACCAGAUUUGCAAAGGGUGUUUUUUAAAGUAUUUGUCAAAUUUGAAUGAGCAAGGGAACAAAAUCCUUGGAGGCCCUUAUUUUACACUGAAUUCUCUGGCCUACUGAGAACAGUGAGAACAUUUCUGGGGGGACAUUCCUCCGGCAGCAGCUGGGGGACAGGAGGAAAGUGGUGCCCCACCUCCACCACCAGACAAGCAUGCAGUCUUCCCUCAGAGUGAGGAGGAUAAUGUCCAUCUUGCCUGGCCAACAAAAGUGGAAAUAAUAGAGGGGAAACUGCUUGGGCAGUUUAUUGUAGACAUGCAGGAGGAGAUGACUUUUAAAAAGUAACUUAAAAUUAGUGGCUUGGAACUGUAAGAGGACAUUACCUCACCCGGGGGCCAUGUGCCCCACCCUUUGUCACAGCCCUGACAACUAUGGGGUCUAAAAUAAAGUGAUUUCCACUAAACCUCUCCACAAGAGAGAAAGGGAGAGUCCCUUCUCACUCUGCAAGUCUCUGAAUUAGAAAUACACAAAGAUGCUCUGAGAUUCCAAUAGGGUAGGAUCUUAUUUAGUGAGAAAUAACCAUUCAGUUUUAUAGAUUCAGUUUUUACCAAAAUAUCUGACUUCCUAUCAUCAAGCCUUCUAGGAAACACUGAAGGAUCUGUCCAGAACAUUUCACAAAAGUUGGGGUGCAGCCACAUAGACCGUUGAACGAAGUUACUUUGUCAAAACAAUAUGUGCUGAUUAUUCCCUGAGGAAAAUUCCACUGUUAAAACACUUGACCCUUGCAAAAUUAAUGUCCAUCCAGCUUUGACAACUGCCUGUUCUCUUCGAUGUCAACUUCUGAAAUCCUGCAAACCAGGCUUUCUGUGUCAAUACCACUGCUAUGAGGGGAAAAAAAUUGAACCACAGCUCUGAUUGUAAUCUGACUAGAUAUUUGAAAAAUGUUUAUGAAACCCCCUAAGAAAUCCACAAAGUGUGGCUCUACUUAUACACAGGCCUCAGUGAAAUACAAUUUCACAUUCUUACUUGAGCAUGAAUGUAGUUUGGUUCUGUCUAUACAUUUAGGGGAGAUAACAUUAAGAUGUAGGAGUUGGUGCCAGAGCUGGAGCCACGGCCAUCUGUCAAUGGAAUCCACACACCAGUGGGCUGGGUGUGGGAUGCCCAAGCCCAGGCUGGGAGGAGAAUAUGCUGGAAAACUGUCCCCAGGCCAGCCAGCACCAGCUCUCCCUGGUCAGACCUAAACCAUUUGCUCUGCUGUUAGAGGGAGUCGAUGGUGGGUCUGAUGGGAAGGCAGGCAUAUGGGUCCCAGCACUUAGCCUGCUACCAGCAGAGGGAGCACUGGCAAGUGUUCAUCUAACUUAGGAAACUUGUAAAAGGGGGGUGCCAACUUCUAGGAUUUUUAAAUUCCAGGUUGUUUGGGUCUAGAAAGCAGCUUUCUGCCUCUGUCCAGGCUCCUGAAUGAAAGUGAACUUCUGUUUGUUUGUCUCUCAAGGUGCUGAUGGAAAAAAUGAACGUAUUUUACCAAGGUGAGGAGGUUUUAGCUGAGUCUCCUCCCCACCCCACCCACUAUUUUUAAAGUAAUUCUGGAAGGCAGCCAUGAAAGUUUUGAAAGUGCACACCUUCUGUCAGCUUCAAGUUGACUAAUUCAGUGUGACAGCUUAAGGCAAGGCCCACAGUUUUAUUUUUCAAUUGAAUUUAGCUGCAUUGUUUCAAGGACUUUCACAUAGUAUGGACAGGGGAGGGGAGGGAAACACCACCAGAUCUGUCUGAAAGGCCAUGUUAUUUUACCAUUACCACAGGCAGCGUGGACAUAGCUGCCCCGCUCCUUCAACAGUUCUAGGCACAUGCAUUUGUGGACUGCUUAUCAAUAGAGCUGACCCUGGAUUGAGACUGAAGGCCCGGGAGUUAAACCUUCCCUAUUGCCUCUUCAGUCAAAUGGCUGAGUAAGAAUCAUUUAAGAAAGAUUGGUCAGCACCAGAUUGUCUGUGGGGCAAAAGGGGCCUGGGUAUAAGUUGACCUUUUGUAGACUUGUCCCAGUAAAAUGUCACUUGGCAUACUAGGAAGCACAGACUUGUGCAGCCUCAGUUCCAUGAAAUUUAUAAUCUGCCCUAAAAGCUCCUACCACCUCUGUCAGGUUCUAAAGUGGCAUAGUAAACCUGAACUCCCCCCGAAGAUGCCUGAAACUCAUACCAAAUGCAGCAGACAGAAGCCUGUUGUCAGGCUUGUCACUUGUGUGGGCAACAGUGAAUUAAACUUAUCCACAUAUGAAAAAUGAACAAAAUUCACCACGGCCUGACAGGCUAUGAAAGGCCAGUCCUAGCUAAGGCAAAAGUUUGUGAGCUCUGAGAGCAAGAGGCCAGAGAACUGAAGACUUCCCCCACCUGUUCUGGGCUGCCUUUUCCCUCAAGAGCCUCUUGCAACUCUUUUGCCAAGGCCCUAUUUAUCCAGUUAAUAAGCUGCCAGAAUAAUCUGCCCUCCAAAACGAGUAACGACCUAAUAAGUGCGAAUGCAGAGAGGACUUACGGAGGCAAAAUUAUCUGCAAAGCCAUUCUUGAAGUCCAAGAGUUUUUCUAAAGCCUUGGGUUUGUGAGGGUCAUUCAGAAAGAAAAAGUCAACUCCAUUCUCAUAAAAUGUUCCCCCAUGGACGUGACAGGAUGGAGUGUAAACAGGUAUGAUGUGUUUUAAGCUGUUUUCUGCUGGGGAAUUAGUGCUAGGUGAUUCAGAGACUGAGGGCUGAAGAGGAGUGGGCUAGGAUAUCUUCCUAAUGGCUUAACGCUGACCAGGCCUAGGCUGCCAGAGGACUGCUGCUUCACCCAAAGCUAAUACUGCAGAACUGGUGGCUGAGGUUCGCAGAAAACCAUCCGUUAAACUGGCCAGGGCUGGUGACUUGAAGUGGGAGUCUGAUAAUAGCUGUCCUGCAAUGAAGUGUUUCAUAAAAAUGGCAGGCAUGACAGCCAUUUCAGUAAACACAAGUCUGGCAAUUACCAUUAAAUUGGGCUGCCCUUAGAUGAGACUUGGAGCAUAUACAGAGAUUUAACGUCAGCCCCCAGCUGGCACUGCUUCCCUACUGAAAGCAACCUGCACACAUCCAGGAUGGGCACCCCAGCCAUAGUCUUGGACUUUUAACUAAACAUUUAAAAGUUAAAUGUUUAGUUAAACAUUCAGAGCCAUUGUGAAACUGUCUCUGUGUGGUUUAGCAUCACUGUGAAAAACACUUCAACAUGCUGAGGAUGGAGUGGAUUACUGUCUUAUGUUGGGUGGGUGCGUUCAGUUCUUUACAGGCCCUCUGUAGUGUCCCUUCCUUGGCAGGUGGCUUUUAUUUAGGUCAGGUAGGGUUGCUGAUCUUCAAUCCAUGAAGACAUCAUGGGGCCGCCUCUACUUAGAGGUCUGUGCUGCCCAUUCUGGAUCCAGGGAAGGAAGCAGCCAAUGAUAAAGAAAACCUUAUCUCUAAUUAGUCAUUCCAGCCUCUCCAUUUCAUGGCUGGAGACUGUUAUCUACCCCCAUGACACUGUUUUAGGCUGCACCUAAGCUGGAAUUUCUUUGUUAAAAAGCUUAAGUUUAUCUGGCCACUUUCAAAAACCAAUUUUAAGUAUCUCGGUUCUCUCAUAUGUUUUGAACCAUAAAACUUAGUCUGGACUUCUAAAUGAGACCCUGAAUUAUGAACUGAGGUUAAUGUUGUGAUGUUCUAGGAAUCCUGGACACCCCCACCCUCCCUGGAACCAUCAGGCUGGACCCAGUGACGCCAGCCCAGGGUACAUAACCAAAGGGUUUAUGUCCACUGUUGCUCUAGCAGACAGCACAGCCUGUCAGAAGGAAGAGGACUCAUACUCUUGGACCACAUUUUAAGCAUGUCAAAUCUCUUUAAAAAGUUCUUAUUACAAAUAAGAACUCAUUACAAAAGUGGUAUUUCUAAGGGCUUUGCUCAUUCACUUUAGGUCUGGAAUUUUCUACUUCAUCACUGUGAUGAUUUUCCCAUCAAAGAGGUGUCAUCAUCACCUGCCUGCCACCUGGUCUCUUCGUAUCUAACUAGAACAAAACCCACUCCUCCAAAACCUUCAGAAUUUGCUCUUCUGUCUACAGCUUAGGCCUCUGCCAUUUUCUUUCGGCAUGUUCCACACCAUUCCCCAAAUAACCCUUCCUGGUUAUUUCACUCAACCACAUGCGUUUUCUGAGACGCUGUACUUCCAGAUGAACAGUUCCAGAUCAGCCUUCUAACAUACUUUCAUAAAGCCCUGGCCACAGCUCUCUGGAGGAGGACUGCCAAGACAGAGAAACAUGAACCACUUCCAGUUCCAAACAGGGAGUUAGGAAAGUUGCCUUAUGUGACUUUGAUUCCCAUGUCCCACUGCAGGAAGUAAAAAUUUUCCUGCCUCUCACCCCCAAACUCAUCUGCCUCCUUUAAGAUAAGUCUAUUUCAAUACCUACUGAAGAAAAUAAGAAACACAAAGUCAAUCUCUUUCCCAGUGGGCACCUUCCAUAAAGAGGGUCCUGGUAUUCUAAAAUAAAUGUGUGGGCUCAGUGGCUCAGUGAUAGAGUGCUUGCCUAGCAUGCACCAAGCCUGGGUUUGAGCCCAGCAACUGCCACAUAGAAAAAGGAAAAGGAAAGGAAAUACAGACCCAGGAAUGAACACCACCUCCAAAUAAUGUUGAUAGUAUAAAUCAAAAAGUUAAGGAAUCCCAUUUGCAGAUGUGGCUUCAACAUUUUGUCCAAAAAUCAAAAAUUAAGUCCAAAUAAUCAGAUAGAUAUGUGUGCAAAAUAAAGUUUGAAGAUAAUAAAUGACAGUGCCAAUUCCAUCUUUAGCUGCUCCUCCUUCUCUACCUGAAGCCACCUUCUUUCCUAAGGGAGCCUUGUGGGCUGUGCAAGAGCUGGCCAUUCUGCUGCACCCCAGCUGGGCAAACCAGUUUUCAAAGCAAAUGUGAAGUCAGAAAGUGCCACGAACGGUGUCCAGGUUUCCUGCUUAGACUAUGAACCACCACCAGGUUGGCUCUUAACAGCUCACCCAGCCCAGCCCAGCUCUGUGUCUUUGUCCAUAGGUCAGUUCUCCAGCUUAGUACAAAGCUGCUUCAAGAUCCCAGAAACACGAUGGGCCACCUCUGCUCUGCAGUGCUGGGAUGUGAUCCUUUCACCCACUGCCCUCCUGCACCAGGGGCCUGACUAUGACAAAACAGUGCUCCCUAGCCACAACCAAAGGACCUGGUGCUACCCCCAGAGGUCAGCAGAGAUGCCCACAAAGGAUGGCUGGAACCAGGCCUUCCAACCAAUUUCCCUUCCAACAGCGAGACUCAUCUUUGUUACUUUUUCCUAAACUGCAGAACUAGGCCCCAAAGAGCAGAGUGGAGUUUAAGACCCAUAAAGAUCAGUCGUUUACGAUCUCAAUUUUAGCACACAACCAUGUGUCUCUGCUUGGUGGCGGUUCCCAGUGGCUAUGGCUCCACAGACAAUCAUGCCCUUUGGAGCAUGCCAUCCUCGCAGCCAGAGGUGCAGUAGGGUCUCUGAUGAGGCCGUGAGUCCCCACAUCCCAGCUCCCAAGCAAGCUGCACAGUGCCCACUUCUCUAUAAAGUGCAACAUAUUAGUAAAAGCAAACAAUUCAAGAUUUUCACAGGUUGCAUAGCUUACCUUUAUCUUUUGCCCCUACUCCAAACUCCCCCACCAAGCCCCACAGUGGAACAGCUUCACCAGUUAAUGUCUGUUUACAUAAUCACUUAAAAAAAUAACGAUUUGCGUGAGCAUAUGCUACUGCACUUGGUUCAUCUGAUCAAACGCCUAAAAACCAUAGUAACAGUUUGCACAGGUACACUGUUUUGUGCAAAUCUUGCUGAAAUAAGGCUAUCUUCAGUGUUUCAAUGGUGUUAUAGUAAUUAAAGAAAGCUCUUGAGCCACAAGAAGUAAUUCCCUGCAUUCCAGAUUCUCUCCAACUACGUGUGGCUUCCCAGGCGGAGAGCUGGGAACGGGAUUCUCCCAUCCCUAAGGCAGCACGUGUUAAGAGAAUGUGGGUCCUGGAGGUCAAUCCGGAGGGACAUGUGAAGUGUGCUUGUGUGGGAGGCAGGCGGGGCUCCACCAUUAGGCUUCCCUCAUCCAGGACGGCAGCCACACUCAGGACAGCAUCUGUCAGAGGGGUCCUUGAGCCACCUUCUGCCCAAGGGCACGUCCAGAAACCACUGAGCCCCAGUAUUUGCUUGGUGCAAAUACUGACUCACGGGACAGAAGCACAGCUACCAAAAUGUGAGGAGGAAAAACUAAGGGAGCAGCUCUGCCAAGGAGCUGUAGCUUCUGAGACCUACAUUCUAUAGACAUCAGGAGGGACGCCCCGGCAGGAGAGGGGUGCCACACAUCCCUCCCCCAAAUCAAGUAUUGUCAGGAAGUAUCAAAGUAGAAAGUCUCUGGAAGCAGCUUUGCAUUUGACAUUCAGUCAAGACGCUAUAACCUUAAAAAAUAAGAAUC